GAUCCUUCUAGUAGUUUCCGGCGUGUGACCGACCUCGCGUCCUCAACCAGAAGUAGUGAAACCGAGGAGUUUCAGCUUUCUGAGUUUUAUUUUGUAAAAUUGUCAGACGUAACCAUGGUUUUCGAGAAAAAAAUGCUCACACACGGGGACCCCGACGAUGAGGAGGAAGAUGCCCCUGCUGAGGAGGAGGAGGAGGAAGAAGAGGAGGAAGAGUUGGUGGACCCUUUAGAAGCGAUAAGAGCUAAGUGUGAGGAGACUGAACACUGUGUGCACUACAAGGAGCGUCUGGAGCUCUGUGAAGCCCGGGUCAGUACAAGGUCCAACACUGAGGAGGAGUGUACAGAAGAACUCUUUGACUUCCUGCAUGCGCGGGACCAUUGUGUCGCACACAAGCUGUUCCACAAUGUGAAAUGACAAUCUGUCCAGUAGACCCGAUAUGAUUUCUGAUAAUGUAAAAUAAUCCACAAAUGAAGCCUGUUGUUGUUCUCCUGAAUUUCCUUGGACUACGUUCCUGACACCUGUUUGUAUGCAGUGCAUACUAAUAUAGCUGAUAGUGACUCUUGAUGUCGAUACUGCUAAUAACAUAUUGGAGCAUGCACUCUAAAAAUUCGUAUCAAGAAGGGAUUGGCUGUAAUGAAAAUGUGAUGAGGUGGAAUGUUAAAGUAUGCUGCUACAGUAAUGGAAACCGGCUCAGGUUUGGUCAUAACUUCACUCUGCUGACCAGAAAAUAAAGGUUGUCUUUGGAUUCCA